UGUCAAUGUAAAAGCCUUACUGAGGAUUGAGUUGCAAGAGAUGGAAAAGAAACUUACGUUUAGCUAGCUACCUCCCGCUUACUGUACAUUAUGUUAAGAAUAACAUGUAUUAGGAUAUAAAAAAGAGCUCAAAUUAAUUAGAUUCUAUACGAAGAUUAAAGACCUAAUGUUACUAUUAGCGAAGUCGUUUAUUUUAACAUUUUUAGCUAGCUAGCUACUAAAGAGAAUUAACAUUGUACACAGUGCAUACCCUCUUAAAGUGGUAUCUUUCUCUUCACUAUGCUUUCCCUCAAAGAAAAAGACCGUCCCAUUGUUAGGAAGCUGUUGGAUGCAGGCUGUUGUGCAAGAUGUGUGCUAAGAUUCUGCUGUGUGGGAAAAUAUGCUUCAUAUCAAAAUUCCUGUCAGGAUAUAAACAAGGAGCUGCUAGCUUUCCUCAGCCAGGCUGACAGUGGGCAAUCCCAUGAUGCCUCAGGCCAGGAUCAGGCAGACAACCCACCAUGUAAGAAAAUGAAGCUGGAGUCAGUGCGGGCAGGAGAGGAGGCCAGCGCUGAGCCGCCCGCACUGGAGGCCCAGCCCGACGCCCAGCCCGCCACGUGCGUCACAUGUCUGGGCGUGCUGCAGGACUUCUGCCAUCAGAGCUUCGUCACACAGGUGUGUGAGGUUGUGAAGAAAGGGGGCUACCAGUUCGACAGCCUGUUGCUGGCCGUCUCUCUCCCUGCGCAGCUGUCUGUUAGAGAGCAUUCCUGCUGGUUGCACAUCAAGAAGGAACUCCGGGAGAAGAGCAUGUGUGUGGAUAAGGAGGAUGUAGUCCAGGUGAAGGACGCCUUUAAAUGGGCCAUACAAGCCCUGGUGGGCCGGGAGCUGGGGGCAUCCAUGCUCUUCAACAGUGCGUUUGAGGUCAGCAUUGGUUUCACACACGCCGAAACGGACGGAGACUGCCACUUCCUGGCUACGGCUUGUUCUGACUGCUUCAAACCAGCCAAGAACAAAGCGUCCGUGUUCACUAGAAUGGCGGUGGUAAAGGCGCUGGAGAAGAUCUCAGAUGAGGAGUUUCUCAGACAAUACCCAUGCCCCCCUGCCAGACCAGCAACCAAGUGCACACCUUUGGAGACCACAUGCCUCCAUUCGUCUGUCUUUAUAGCAGGAAGGUAUAAUAAGUUCUCACGGGAGCUUCCGCAGACUCCAUGGGUGAUAGAUGGAGAGAGGAGGAUGGAGGGAUCGGUGGAGGAGUUGAUUGCUGCUCCUCUACUCUCCUCCUUCAGAGCUGACGCUUUUAACUUUUCUUCGUCUGGGAGAGAAGAUGUGGACGUGCGAACCCUGGGAAAUGGACGUCCAUUUGCUAUGGAGUUGGUGAACCCCCACAGAGUGAGGCACACCAAAGCCGAGGUCAGACAGCUUCAGGAGACAAUCAACGCGUCUUCUGACAAAAUCCGAGUCAGGGACCUGCAGAUUGUGACCAGAGAAGCAAUGGGCCGAAUGAAAGAGGGAGAGGAGGAGAAGACCAAAUCCUACAGCGCCCUCAUCUGGACGAAAAAAGCCAUAACUAAAGCUGACCUUGACGUUAUUGGAAACAUUAAGGAGCUGAAGAUUGAUCAGAAGACUCCGUUAAGAGUGCUGCAUCGCAGACCUCUCGCUGUGCGGCAGAGAACGAUCCACUCCAUGAGCGCCAGCUACCUGGAUACACACCACUUCACACUGCUGCUCCGCACGCAGGCUGGGACGUAUCCUUACACACAGCUACAAAUCAUCCAUGUAGCUACAUUAAAGAGUUUGUGCACGGGGACUUCGGCCGGACUAAGCCCAACCUCGGCGGACUUAUGGAGACGGAGGCGGACAUUCUGGAGCUGGACGUGGAGUCGGUGGACGUGGACUGGCCUCCUGCUGUCCCAGAGUGAGGAGGCCGAGGUCGCCACCUUGUGGAGGUCUGAAAACUAACCAUCCACUGCCAUCUCUCUGGGACGGACACACUGGGCCUCGUUUGGUGAAGACUUUAUUUCGUGUAAAAUGUAGCUGAGUGAGACUUGGCUAGGGAUUUUUAUUUUAUUUUCUUAACGUGAGCUCACUGUUUUAUUAAACGUGGUUUAAUAUGUCUCGGUACUGAAACGCGUCAGGAUGGAUGCGAGAUAAACCGACUCUUAUAGCAGAUAACCGCUGAGGGACAACGAACUACACUUCUAACUGUUCUGAGGAUAAAAUGUCAAUUUUGGACAGAAAAUAAGGAAAAGUGGAAUAGCCCACUGUCUUUUUUAUUGGUUUGCAAAACUACAUAUGACCGUUAUUUAGCUGUGAAAAAAAGCUGUAUUUGUCUCUAGCUGUUUUUUUGUUUCGUUAAUUUACUGAAGUUAGAGUACAUAUGUGGAUGACCCUUAAUGUCCUCUGUACAUUUUCUGUUAAUAAACAACAAAUCUGUUGCGAUAGCGGGAUGUUUUGAUCGCUGUGCUGGUUUUGGUCGGAGUGUAACCAUGGCAACCUAACUAACAGUGACAUUGAAACACUUAAAAAGAAAUUUGGAGAAGUCCAUUAGCACAGAAAGCACCAUCUUUUAAAUACUUUCGCUUUAAAUCAUCUAUAAUUAGGCCUAGUGAAAUCUAGACAAAACACAAACCCUCAUUUAAUUGGAUUAAAUAAUGUGAAGCAGUAUCUUAAUAAUUAACAUAAUCAAGCCCCCAUAAAUGCUACAAUAUAACGUUGUUACUUAGCAAAAUUAUCACGUCCAAUUACAAUUUGAAUGUAAAUGAUAGCCUACACAUCAUUUUAGCUGUAGACUAUAAAACUGCACCAAUAGCCUAAGCCUCCUUAGUACAUCGAUGAAUAUAGACUCUCAUUUAAGUUUAGGAUAUAUAUAUAUAUAAAUUCUUUUGCCAUAAUCUGCGUUUUUGACUGAAUUGGUUUCCAAUCCUGAUUACAUUAUUUCUUCAUCCACUACGAACAAAGAACUCUUGUUUUAGCCUACUCCAAGAUAAUAAUAAAAAUACCAGCCUUAUUUGGCCCACAUGCAAUAAAAACUUGAAUAGAUUCGUUCUUUAACAGACCAGUUUUCUUGAUUUUUUUUUUUUUCCUUCUUUUUUUCAUAGGCACGAGCGAAAUGUACGAGCGGUCCAGCCUUAUUUCGCAGUAUAUGGCAUCUCGCCAAAGGGGGAAAAAGCACCCAUUGUCUCGUGGAUUGUAUUUCGGCUGUUUCAUUAACUUGAAUAAACUUGAGUUUGAAUAUGAUACAUCUUGAGCAAUAAUGACGUUACGGUUAAUUUGUAUGACAAUAGUAUUUGACUUCACUCUUCUAUUCCCCCAGUGCAGUUUAAAUCACGACUUACGUGCUUCAUUGCUCACCGCCACGCUGCCUGUUCAAUUAGCCCUCGAUGAAAACGUGUUCAUCACGUCGUUUGACAGCCAGUGAUGACACCGUGAGUCGCUCUCCAGGGCACCGUCCUCGGAGCGCACGAAAGUGCGACAUGACAUAUACCGGCUGUCUUCCCUUCCAUCUUAUCACGUCUUAGACAUUCACCUUUGGUGAACACGAUUUAUUAAUUCUAAUCUUUUUAUUAAAAAAAAAAAUCAAACCAUAUCUUCUUUAGGAAUUGAAAGACAUGCGUGAAAAUGACUACUUUGCACUUUGCUGACUUAUUAAAUCCACAGUUGGACAAAAAUGCUGUUUGGUUUUAAUACCUUUAGGAAUUCUGUGCAUAUUUGCUUAAGGACAUAUGAUGAUGCAGAAUUUUAUGUACGUUAUGCAUGUUUUGGUCCAAAAGCCGUGUUGGUGACUGAAGUUUUACAUUUACACAAUAAAGUAUAAAAACAUUA